GUAAGAAAUCAGUCCACGGGCUUAACAUUAUUGUAUAUUGGGCAGGUAUUAUGGCUUUGUGUGCAACAAGUUCUAGCUAUGAUGUCAACGAAAUAGCCACUAGGAUACUGCCAAAUGUUGUUGUCCUCACCAUUGAUCCUGACAGUGAUGUUCGAUCAAAGGCAUUCCAAGCAGUUGACCAGUUUUUGCAAAUAGCGAAGCAGUACCAUGAGAAGACAAACGCAGGGGAUUCCACUGGGGCUGCAAGCGGAGCAAUCCCAUUACCAGGAAAUGCUCUACUUGGGUGGGCCAUGAGUUCCUUAACACACAAAGGCAAACCUUCUCAACAAACACCACUUGCUUCAGCUAAUUCUAGUUUACCUCUUUCGCCUGUGGUCUCCAGUGCCAGCUCUGUGAUGGACAGUUCUAAUAUAAUGCCAGUCCGCAUAAGUUCCAGUGAGGAUAUAGCAGAUCAACCUGCUCCAGUAUCCCCUUCAUCAACUGAUGGCUGGGGAGAAUUUGAAAAUGGUCUUCAUGAAGAGAAUGGAAAUGAAAAAGAUGGGUGGGAUGAUAUCGAACCACUUGAGGAGCCAAAGCCAUCUCCAGCCCUUGCGAACAUCCAAGCAGCUCAGAAGCGGCCUGUCUCACAGCCAAAACUGCAAGGUACAAGUUUGCAACCCAAGAACACGGUGAAGAUAACCAAAAACGAGGACGAUGACUUGUGGGGUUCGAUAGCUGCCCCUCCUCCAAAAUCGACGUCAAAACCUUUGAACUUGAAACCAAGUGAGAAAGUUGAUGACGAUGACCCAUGGGCUGCUAUUGCUGCUCCUCAACCCACCACAAGGGCCAAGCCAUUGUCAGCUGGGCAAGGACGAGGGGCUAAACCUGCCGCCACAAAAUUGGGUGCUCAGAGGAUAAACCGGACAUCCUCUGGGAUGUAAGAUACGGCGAAAUAGGGGACAGAAAUGGAACAAGUAUAGGAAAUGAAAACAGGUUAAGAUAGGGUUUGUACAUUUUUGGCUUCUUUGGAUCAGUGUUGAUAUGAAUGAGAUUAAAACUGCCAUGAGUUGUAUUUGUGCUUUCUUGGACAUAACAUUUGAUUUGUAAUAUUAUUCCUUUUAUCAGCCACUAUUCUUUCCUUCCAAAA